UGCUCAAAACAUCACACCAAUACAUUGACGAUCCAAAGACCUCACUUUUUCACAUUUCAAAAUUUUAAAAAAGAAUUGGUCUUUGUCACUUUCUUUCUGCUUUUUCAUUUUCUUUAGAAUGGGUUUUUAUGUUAAAUCAACGCAAUACAAAUACAAAUCCUCUUGAAAACGAUCAAGAAAGCAAAACCCAUUUGAAAAGAAUGGUUCUUGAUUGUUUCCGUCCUCCUCAAACCAGCUCUCGUGAGGAUGAGAAUAAAGCUUGGCUUUUGGCGGAAACAGAGCCAAAGCUUGUAGACUCAGAGCCACAUUCUUUGCAGUCUUCAUUUAGGUUUAGUCUUUUCUCGCAAGUGGAGCUGGAGAAGAUGAAGAAGGAGCAACCUUUAUCGUCUUAUCGGGAUUUCCCGGUGUUGGAAGGUUCAGAGACGGUUCUCUUUGUGACUAUGGAGAAUGAGAGAGGAGAAUCGUCAAAUGAGAUGAAUUUGUCUAGAGUUGUUUCAUUGGAGAAGAGUAUUUCUCCGGCAACCAAUACUUUGGUCAGGUUCAGUUACAGUGAACUCCUUGCCGCCACACGCAGUUUCUCAAAACGAAGGGUGUUGGGAAGAGGAGCUUGUAGCUGUGUGUUUAAGGGAAGAAUCGGGAUUUGGCGUAAAGCCGUGGCAAUCAAAAGACUUGAUAAGAAAGAUAAAGAAUCUCCAAAGUCGUUUUGCAGAGAGUUGAUGAUUGCAAGCUCUCUUCAUAGCCCUAAUGUUGUUCCUCUGCUAGGGUUUUGUAUCGAUCCUGAUCAAGGGCUUUUCUUGGUGUACAAGUAUGUCUCUGGUGGUAGCCUCGAACGCUUUUUGCAUGAUAAAAAGAAGAAGAAAGGUAGGAAGAGCCCUUUGUGUCUGCCUUGGUCAACAAGGUACAAAGUUGCCUUAGGUAUUGCAGAUGCCAUAGCCUAUUUACAUAAUGGCACGGAACAAUGUGUUGUGCAUAGAGACAUCAAACCCUCAAAUAUUCUUCUUUCCUCAAACAAAAUUCCAAAGUUGUGUGAUUUUGGGCUGGCGACUUGGACCGCUGCACCUUCGGUUCAUUUCCUCUGUAAGACCGUGAAAGGAACUUUCGGCUAUCUAGCUCCUGAGUACUUCCAACACGGCAAGAUAUCUGACAAGACCGAUGUUUACGCGUUUGGGGUUGUGUUGCUCGAGCUUAUAACUGGUCGAAAACCAAUUGAACCAAGAAGACCAUCUGGUGAAGAAAAUUUGGUAGUUUGGGCAAAACCGUUGUUACAUAGAGGUAUUGAAGCUAUAGAGGAGUUGCUAGAUCCAAGGCUGAAAUGUACAAGAAAAAAAACACCUUCGAUGGAGCGUAUGAUUCGAGCUGCAGCGGCCUGUGUGAUCAAUGAGGAAGCGCGAAGACCGGGGAUGCAGGAGAUACUAUCAAUCCUAAAAAGCAGUGAAGGGAUAGAGCAAAGGACGUUUUCAAGCCGGAAGAAAUCAAAUCUUCCAGGUAUAAUGGACUGUUAUCCACAGUUUCAACGGACAAGAUCCGAGAUGAAGAGUCAUCUUGCUCUUGCAAUGCUCGGAGUACCCGAAUUUGAAGAUGAUGAAUAUCUUUUUCAGUGAAUGUAACAUGUUACCAAACUACAAGAAGAUGGUACGUACGUGUAGAUAUCAUAUACACAUAUGUAAAUGUUUAUUGAGAAACCCGGUUUAGAUUUUCGUUCUACCGGUUUGGCU